UAAAUAGCUCGAAUUCAUGGCGUAGUUAACGAGCAAACACAAGCGCCGGCUUUAACAAGCAAACACAAGAGCACAAAACUAGCAACGAUCUCGGAGUCUCCAUGGCACUCAGCGGAGAAGCGUCAGCGGCGGUCGCCUCGGUGGCGCCGUUCUUGACAACCAUCAUUGGCAACCUCGGCAACGUUCGGCAGACGAGGACCACGCCGUCCUGGCAUGAUCUCCACGGCCACGCCGAGAACCCCAGCAGGGAGCUGGAGCUGCUCGGAGGAAGUACCGCCGCUCCGGCCCCGGAGUCAGAGGUGGAGGACGCGGAAUGCGAGUGCUGCGGCAUGUUGGAGGAGUGCACCCCGGCAUACAUCAGCGGGGUGCGGCGCCGGUUCUCGGGGCGGUGGGUGUGCGGGCUGUGCGCCGAGGCGGUGGCGGAGGAGGGCAAGAGGAGAGGCGGCGGGCACGACGGGCUGGAGGCGGCACUCGCGGCGCACAUGGCGGUGUGCAGGCGGUUCAAUGGCUUCGGGAGGACCCACCCGGCGCUCUUCCAGGCCGACGCCAUGAAAGGCAUCCUGAGGAAGCUCUCGGGUCCUCGAUCGCCCAAGUCCAACCGUGCUAAACCUAGAGAGGCGACGUCGAAGGCCGCGCCGCCAGCAGCAUGAAGAUAUAUAGUGGCCGGUGUAUGCAACGGUCAGAUGGUGGUGAUGAACUAGCUAAGCUAGCUAAACUACUGUACAAAUACCUAGCCAGAUACGACUUAAUAUGGUGCAUCCUGUUUUCAUGUGCACCUUGCCCUGACCUCUAGAAGGUGUGUAGUUUAGGCAUGGUUUUUGCCCCUUCCAUUUGGGCGGGCUUCCCUUCCAUGCCUAGGGGUUAAGUUCCUUUUUUUGGAUGGAGUUCUGUUUGCCUCUUUUAACCAAGUUAAAGGAGUGUUACACUGAAGAACCCCAUCUUCCAAUCCUUGGGUGUAUCCAGUAAACAAAAUAAAAUAACGGUUGCUAUAAUAUACGGAGUACCUAAAAUUUCUGUGU